CAGUUGACUUUAUUUCCGACGCCAAUUAUACACCCAAUUUUUUUUAGCAUGACGAAAGGAUUGCUUGAUAUUUAUGGUUCAAGAAGUCAAUCUCAUCCAUAAAUUGAUUUUCACUGUUCUUUCCUCCUUCACGAAGAAACUUUGAAAGCAUUUACACACAGAAACAGAAUCGAAAAAAAAGAUAAGAAAAAUGAUACGGUCAUGGAGCCACGAUACCAUUCUCAUCCCACCAAGUUCGAAAUUUUCUAAUUUAGACGCUCCAUUCCCACUUCCCAAAUACCUCAAGAAGAUUCGAAUUUUUGCUUCAAUGGAACCCCAAACCUUUGAAACUCUACUAAACGAGUUGAAGGGGUUAAGCUGAUCGGUUAAAGGUAUUGUCUUUUGUUGUUUCUGUUUCUUAACGAAAGAAAUGGCGCUGGAAUUGGUGGGUGGAGCUGUUUUGGGGACUGUGGUUGGGGAGCUAUUCAAAGCGGUCUCGAAUCUGGGUGAAAGGGCCAUUAGUUUCAAUCCUGUUCUUAAGGAUAUCCGUUCCAAGCUUAAUGCUAUAUUCCCUUUGGUGAAGCAAAUCGAUGAGCUUAAUGAUUAUCUCGAUUACCCAAAGGAAGAGACAGAGAAAUUGAGGGAUCUAAUGGAUGAAGGGAGGCGGCUGCUUCUCCAGUGCGGCGAUGUGAAAUUGGGGGAUCUUAAUUAUUUGAAGAAGCCAUUUUACACCAAAAGGCUUCGGGAAUUGGAUACUGCACUUCGAAGUUUCAUGGAUAUUUUGAUGUUGCAGAUGGCUAGAGAUCAGAAGAAGAACAUGAAGAUGAUGAACCAAAUGAUGGAGAUCAUUUGUAGACUUGAUAAUAGAGGUGGGUCGAGUAAGCCUAUGGAUUUGUUUGUUCCACCAUGUCUGGUUCCUCAACUGCGAGAAGAAACGGUUGGGUUGGAGAAGCCAGUUAAGGAGUUGAAGGUGAAACUUUUCAAAAAUGGGGUUCAAAUGUUGGUGGUGACAGCUCCUGGUGGCUGUGGAAAAACCACACUGGCCUUAAAAUUUUGCCAUGACAAAGAAGUCAAAGAUAUAUUCCAGGAGAAGAUCUUCUUUGUUGCAGUUUCAAGGAAACCAGAUUUGAAGCUUAUAUUGAAAGAUAUAAUUGAAAGCCUUAGAGGCAUUCAAUUGCCUGAUUUGCAAAGUGAUGAACGUGCAUUCUGCUAUUUAGAAAUGUGGUUGAAGCAAACAAGUGUAAAUCGUCCUGUUUUGAUUGUGUUAGAUGAUGUGUGGAAUGGACGAGAAUCUGAAGUUCUUCUUGAUAAUCUGUUCCAAUUGCCUUGCUGCAAGGUCUUGGUCACUUCUAGGUUUUAUUUCCCAAGAUUUAGUGAGUCUCAUUAUUUGGAACCUUUGAACCGUGAGAAUGCAAUACAACUUUUUCGUCGUGCAGCAUCAUUGGACAAAGGAAUUUCUAAGCUCCCCGAUGAUGAAACUGUAGAAAAGAUAAUUGGGGGAUGCAAGAGACUCCCUCUUGCACUGAAGGUAAUCGGAAGGUCUCUUUCCCGCAAACCAACAUCGGUUUGGAAAGUGACAGGGAGGAAUUUGGCUAGAAGUGGCUCCAUAUUUGAUUCUGACAAUGAACUUCUUGAAUGCCUACAGAGCAGUUUGGAUGUCUUGGAUGAUAACAUGGUAACUAAGCAGAGUUUCAUGGAUUUAGGCUCUUUUCAUGAAGAUCAAAGAAUUCCUGCUUCGACCUUCAUUGACAUGUGCACAGUUCUGUACAAACUAGACGAAAGUGAAGCAAUGGUUAUCCUCGACGAACUAUCCUCUCGAAGUCUAGUUAAUUAUGUCACGACGAGAAAAUAUGGAUAUGAUGAUGACUUCUAUGAAGAGUACUCUUUUACUCAGCAUGAUAUUCUUAGAGAUUUGGCUAUCCACUUGAUGAAUAUGGAGCCCAUAGAACAAAGGAAAAGAUUGAUCUUAGACAUUAAUGAAAACGAUCUUCCCAAAUGGUGGGUUGAUCAAGAAAAGCAUCCUUCCUAUGCCAACCUUAUAUCUAUAACCACAGAUGAGAGAUUCUCAGCAAGUUGGCCUGACAUGGAAGCACCUGAAGUGGAGGUUCUGAUUCUUAAUCUUCAGUCAAGAACUUACAACUUGCCUGGGUUCAUCAAAAGAAUGAAUAAGCUGAAAGUUUUGGUAAUCACAUAUUUUGGUUCUUUUCUAACUGAGGUGACAAGUGAAGAUAAUCAACUACUCGACUGCCUAACGAGUCUUGAACGAAUUAGGUUCGAGCGGUUUUCAGUUUCUAUCUUUAGUAAUCCAAACCCGAAACCGCUGAUAAAUUUGCAGAAAAUAUCCUUCUUUAUGUGCAAAUUUGGUCAAACAUUCAUGGACGUUUCAACCCCAAUCUCAGAUUUGUUGCCAAACUUGCUGGAGAUUUCCGUAGACUUUUGCAACAAUUUGAGUUCAGUCCCCAAUAGGUUGUGUGAAAUUGUCAGCUUGCAGAAGCUGAGCAUUACAAAUUGCCAUGGACUAUCUUCCUUGCCAGAAGAUGUAGGAAAGUUGAUUAAUCUAAAAAAUCUAAGGCUAAGAUCUUGCAUUCAUUUAGAAGAGUUUCCCGAGUCGACAACGAAGCUUCGGGAAUUAGUCCUGCUUGAUAUAUCUAACUGUCUUGGUCUUGCCAAGCUUCCUGAGAAGAUUGGUGAAUUGCAUAAUUUAGAAAAGCUUGACAUGAGGCACUGCUCAAGUUUGCGCAAGCUGCCAUUGUCGAUUGGAAACCUGAAAAAGGUGAAGUUUUUAUGUGAUAGAGAGGUUGGAGAGUGGUUGAAGAAGGUUGCGCCUCGCCUUGCCAAACAGGUGAAAGUGCAAGAGGAAGAAGCCAACCUGGAGUGGCUCGGUUUUUGAACCAUUAUUUUACCUUUAAACAUUGGUUUGUUUUUUUCGUUCGUGUUUAGAAUAAGUGUAAAUUUUUUGCGUCAAACAUGAAUAUACUUCAAUUGAAGUCUUCCAUCAAAUUUGGGAGCAAUUGGGUUUAGGGUUAUAUUUUGGACAAUAUGUUUUCAUAAUUUGAAAUAAUUAGUAUUAUAACACUUCCUCAUUCAAUUA